AAAUAAUAUUAUUUUCAAUUAGAAUAUAUUUAGGUUUGGAAUUAAUAGUGUAUAAAUUCAGUUAUCAGUAUUACAUAAAUUCAGUUAUUACAGCCUCGGCGGUGGAUAUUGAUCGAGCGUUAUUUCACAAACUAGGUUGUUUUCAAUGAGACUGGAUCCACUGGAUUUUUGAGUUAGCCCUCCAGCCUUUUUACGUUUCACGGCUCCCAUAUCUCCUUUCGAUCUCUCAGUUUCAACUUUCUAAACCUGCCAAGGAUAAAAAUUGACAAAUGUUAAUUUUAAAAGACUUCUGAAGUUAGAAUUAUCUGUAUAUACGAAUUUAUCCACAUCUUUGCAUUUGUAAAUUCUCGAAAAUACAGUUGUCCUGACCAGAAAGGCCAGACAGAGCAUAUAUCAUAGUAUGCGAACUUGAAAGGCCGGUUACCAGGCUGGACAGGUUGAAAAGCUGGUAUCUCUUACCCUAAAUUUGUCUAGAGGAGACUGAUUUUUCUUUUCUUUUCUGGCUAAAGAAUAAUCCUUGCCUCUCCAUGUCUUUGAAAAUUUCGUUUUUCUUUCCAUUCACAAUUUUUGUUUUGGUCCAUUCCUUGCAUUACUAUUUGACUGUUUCCCCACCAACCAAUUAGUACCCAGUUCGUCGCGUUCUUUUGUUUCCGAGAGAGAGUAGACCUCAAAACAAAUAUGGCGGCAAUGGCGGUUAGAAGAAUCCCGUACACUUAUUCUGCUUUUGAAGAGUUUUACAGCUGUUUUUACCAACAUUGUCACAAAUAAUGAUUUCAGAUCGAAGAUGACAACUCGAUUUUCAAGUCUGAUUGAAAGAAAACUCAAGGAACAUGAUGAAUUCGACGGCUGAGUGUGUGAUGUUUCGAUAAAAUUUUGUAGCGUGCUCUUGCGUGUUCGCAAAGUUCAACAUGGAUGGAGCUCAUCAGAAGAAAGCUGUGGAAGAUCUGAUGGCCGAAAAUCGUGCCAUCUUAGAAGAACUUGCUCAGUGUAAAGCUGAUAAGGAUUUUGUGUGGAAUCUAUGGCGAAGAUUGCAGUCGGCACAACCAGAAGUUACCUCUGUUGUGAGCAUGGUCAUCGCACGUGAGAAGGAAAAAAGUGAACAAAAGGACAAAAAAGUUUUGGAAAUAUUGCAGAUGAAAGACGAAAAGAUCAAAGAACUGACUGAGAAAGUACUAUCGGCAGAAGAUGAAUCUCACUACAGCAAGACAAGGUACCACGAUUUGCUGAUCGAGAAUGAAGAGCUCAAACAGAAAUUAGACGAAAGAGAAAGGGAAUUCACUUCAAGAGAGAAAGAAAUGAGUGAAGAAAACAGUUAUUUGUCCAGUUUGUUGAAAGCUCAUCAGUUACAGAAGGAGACUGAUGACCAAACUGUCAAAGAGAACUUGGAUCGUAUCGAAGAGGAGAAGAACCAACUUAAGAUCAGAAUAGCAGUUUUGGAGAAACAGGUCAGCGAUUUUAGCGAGGAAAAGUUGAAGAUGGCUUCAGCGAUCGAAGUUAAUGCUACCCUUGAGGAGAAGAUAAAAUCCUUAGAGAAUGAAUUAAGUCUCCUAACCUUAAAAAGUACCGAAGUUGCGAAGAAUUGCGAUGAAGCUGAAUUAAAAUUGACCGACAAAGAAAACAUUGUGAAGGAGCAAUUAGAAACACUGCACGAAAAAUCUGAAAUGAUUGCACAACUAGAAGGCGAUCUGGCGGCUGUGAAAAGUGAACUUGGACAAGCAAGAGAAAGUUGUAAUCAGGUUACAGCUCAAGUCUCAGAGCAGGCAAGAAUUAUCCAACAGCUCGAGGAUAAUCAAAAUAGCAACAGAGUGGCACUGAUGGACAGUGAGCAAGAAUAUCGCAAAGGACUUGCUUCGCUGCAGAAAACUGUUGCUGAUCUUCAGGGGCGAUGCGCAGUUUACCAAGAAAGCGAAGCAAAAUUGUUGCAGGACGUUGAUAGACUCAAAGAGAACGCACUUAAGCAAAAAGAAGAUCUUAAUGUCAAGGAACUGAUCAUUGAAGAAUUAAAAGAUGCUGUUAGAGAUGGUAUUCGAUCAGGAGAAGUUUCGAGGCGCGAAGAAGAAGAAGUCAAGGCUGAUCGUAGAUCUACUCAGAAAAAAGUUAGAUUAGAAGCAAAGACGAGUGAAACACUUCGUCCCAGAUUUCAACGAGAGAAAGAGCCAGGAAGCUUAGAGGAACGGCAAGAAGGAGAACUUGUUGACCUCUCUAAUGAAAUAGUCGAAGAAUCUGGAUCUGAAGUCACGAGAAAUCAAGAAUCGAUGGAAAGAAGGCUAGAAAAAAUUUUAGCACUUCGCGAGCUCGAAAGCAGAUUGGGCGAAAGCCGAAAAACGGUUGAUGAACUUAAGAAACUGCUGGAGCUUAAGGAAGCGGAACUUGUAGAGACUAGACGCGCUCAUUCGCAGCGACAGCAGCGUUACAGGAUGCUCAGGGAGAAUUAUCAACUUGUAUUAGAACAGAUCAAGACUUACGAAGCUUCAAACGCCGACGGAACCGGAAGUGUCACGCCACUCCCGGACAGACCGGAAGAACGAGAAUUGAGGCACUUAGACAGUGACCAAGUGUGGAAGGAACUGGCUCAUUAUAAACGUGGCUACGAAGAGCUGGCGAAAGAGAGGCAUGAUGUGUUAGAAGAGAUUGACGUCCUUCGAGUUCAACAUGCCCAUAAUAUUGCAAACAUCCAAGAACUGCGAGUUCAACUUGGAGAAGAAAGGGAAGAGAAUUCCGCUCUUCAGAGUAAGAUUGUGUCCGGUGAGCAAGCUUUUGAUGCGCUUCGAGUUGAAGUGGAAAAACGUGAAGACCAGGUACAGAGCUGGCAGGAGAAAGCUCUGCGCGGACAAACUAUUAGCAGCGAGCUUGAAGACGAAAACCAACUUCUUAGACACGAGAUUAAGGCGUUACAAGGACAAAAUAAAGCGCUCACUGAGGAAUUCAGUGGCCUUGCUGGUGAGUUUGAGAAUCUUAAAAAGCGUUAUGAUGAAAUGGUAACCAAAGAGAUGAACAGGAAGACUACAGAGGUUGAAAUCCCAGAUGCUAAAGAAAAAGCGAGUCAUGCUGAAACUACAAGCAAAACCACUCAGGCUGAGACAGAGCAACUUGCUAAGCAGCACGUUGAAUCUUUGAGUAGUUAUGACGAACAAGUGAGGCGCAUUGCUGACAGAAUUUUAUCCAGUCCCACCAAGGAAGCAGAGGUGCCAGAACAAACACGUGGCAUCACACAAGGCACACAGACGGACAGGAUCCCUCGUUUUGCUGACUCUGGCGUUAAUGUGAAUUUAGAUGCGGAAGAUGCUUCAUCCAUGGAUGAAGAAGAAUCAAUCGAUGUCAAAGGCAGUGCAAAGAAAAGCAUGGUGUCUAACGAGGGAAGCGCUCGUCCGCAGCGAACUCCACAGCCCAAAAAGGUGUUAAGAAAGACUCCGAGACGAAACGAGUGGGCAAGCAUGAAGCAACGGAUUCUUAGUCUAACACAAGAGGUUUCUGCACUGCGUCAAUCCAAAGAUAAAGCAGUGAAGGCAUUGAAUGUGCAAAAAAACGACUUUGAAAGCUUGCAAACGGAAUACAACUCGUUACUGAGUAAGUUACAAGUCAGCCGGAACUCCGUGCAGCAGUUGACUGAUAGUCUGAAGUUGUGCUUGCAAGAGAAAGAUCUUUUGGCGGCGGAAUUGAAAGAAAAGAAUGAGUUGGAAUCCAGACCGACUGCUUUGUCGAUAGCAGAGUGGAAGCGCUUAGAAGAGGAAUUGCGACUGGCUACAUUGGAGUGUAUUCGCUUGGCUAAUAUUGUUAGAACUGUAGGGAGUGAAAACGAAGACUUACGAACAAAGCUUAAGGAAGCGCAAGGGAAUUGUUCAAGGCUUGAGCACGCGGUAACGCAGAAGAAAACACUGGUGGAUGAAAUGAAAUCUAAAAUAAGAGACGUUGAAGAGAAAACUAAGAAAGAUUCAGAAACGGCCAAGAAUUUGGAAGAAAGGCUCUCGCAUUGCAAGGAGAGGGAGAAAACUAACAGAGUAAGAAUCGAGACACUGGAACACAGGUUGGAUGGCGAGAGCCGCGAGAAACAAAACUACCAUCAACAGCUGCUGAGCUGUCAGAAAGAACUGAAGAAGAAAACACAGCAGCUAAGUAGGUCCCAGACUCUACGCAACCAAGCUAAAUUAGUCAUUAGCGAGAUGGAAGCAGCGGCGACGAUGCAGCUUCAAGGUUUAGCCAAUCAGAGCGAAGCCACGAUAGCCUCACUUCAGCGUAAGUUUGAUAAAGCCCAGGAACGGAUAGAAGAGUUUCAAGCGUUCGUUAGAACACUUGUGGAAGAACUGCUUAUGAGUACUCGCACGAUGCGCCGGAAACUGGAAGAAUUUAAGGAGAAACAGUGGCAGGAGGCGUCAAAGACAGCCAUGAAAGAAGCUCAGAGCAAGGCGUGCUCAAUUCUGAACAUAUCGUCGGCGGAUCUUGAAAAUAUCAUGGACGAAGGUGCUAGUCAAAAGUUGGAAGAGGCGAGAUUGAGGACAGAGCAGGAGCAGGCGUGGCUAGCCGAGGUGGAAUCUGCAUUGAAACGUCAAGGGACGUUUGCCGUACCGCUCUUAGAAGUAUUACUGGACUUGGUGGACGAAAGAGUUGCCGUUGAAGCGAAAUUUGCAGGAUCGUAGAUGAAAUAAUAGCUUGCGUCACUGGCUCUCUUUGAAGCGCAAAAGUACAAGAGUCAAUGCUUGGUAGCUUGCGAACGCAGACGUAUUUCCGGCUGUCGCUUGUCCUCGCCGAAAAUAACGUCUGCGAACC